AUGGCUAUUGACUCGAUUACUAGUUAUGAAGCACAAAUAGAUCGUCUGAAUCAAUCAAUUCAAGGUCGUGAACAACUUUUCGAUGAAAAUCGAUUAAAUGAUCAACAAAUAAAGGAGCUGGUGGAUGAUGUUGGUCAACGGUGGCUCAUUAAUAAAAUUUUACAGCAGCUUCGACAAGAACAAGUACAACGUCAUCAAGCUGCUCAAUAA